AUGAAGAGCCUUCAUUUCCUUUCAAGAGCAUCACGCAUCUCGUUCAGUCAACAUGCAGUCCUCCGCCCUGACAUAGCUGGUGUCAGCAGUACCUGCAGGAUAUCUACUCCAAGGAAACCAUAUAGCACCGACCAACUGGAAUGGACAUCUGAACGAAUCCGGGAUGAAUGGCACAAGCAGGCAGACACUGCAGAGGCCUCUGCUACGACAAGCGCAACGCUUGAGUCGAUAGAAAGCUCCGAGGCUUCUACGGACCAUCCUCUAAAUCCAUUAGAAAAUGCCUCUAAGAGCCAACUACGAAAAGAUCGUUUUCGUCAUUUAAAUCCAACAUCCGACGAAGAGAAGGCUGAUAUAAGAGCCCACCCAACCACGUUUCGAAGGUUGAUGCGGCAUGUGACUCAACCCGUGGUGGUUGUUUCCAGCUUGGCAAUACCUGGACAAGGGCAUGAUCCAUGGCGCGCUUCCCGUGCGAGGGAAGACUUUCUCGAAAACCCCUUCGAGAACCCCUACGAGAUGGAAGAAGACGGAGACGGUUCUAAGCCAGUACCGCGCGCCAUGACGGUCGGAUCAUUCACUUCGCUGAAUGUCAGACCCGUACCACGCAUCAUGUUCAAUGUCAAUCGGCCAAGCAAAACGUACGAUGCGAUCAAAACAAGUCACCGCUUCAAUGUCCAUAUUCUCGCAGAUAAUAAAGAAGGUGCACUUCUCGCGGAGCACUACUCAAAAGGUCACUCCAGAAUAGAUUUUGUUCCGGAUGAUAAUAAUUAUCCGGAACUGUUGAGUAGAGUAACUUCGGACUUUGCCCGAAAAGCCAUCUUGAAAGACGGCUUGGGGCUCGCAGUCGAAGGCUCCGACAAACUAGGUGGUUUAUUUGUCCACGGUGCCCGCAGAUGGACGAGGGAGUGGGAGAACUGGCAGAAAAAGAAGUUCGAGUCCGAGCAUACUUGGACCCCAUUUACCAGGGAAGCAAUGCCCAGACUUGAAAGCGACGGCAUCCUUUACACCUUGCGCUGCGUGGUUCGCAGAUGGACUAAAGGCGGCUCGGCGCGGCAAUUCCGCUCCGGGCUGCUCGAGCUGGACGCGGCCACUGCUCUCGUCAUUGGAAACGUACAGGAGGUUAUCUAUGGUAGCCUCAAAGAUGAGGACGAGCCAGAAAUGAAACCUGCGUUGUCUUAUUCAUUUCAACAGUACAUUCAACGAGGUGACCCAGUCAACUUAUCGGAAAGCCAUAAGACAGAGAAGGUCUACGGAAACACCCUAAAAGCCGAGAAGGAAAACAAGCCAGAGACUAAAGACGACAUUCCAAAAAUGCAACGGCCUCAAAUGUACCUGGAGUAA